AUGAAAACCUUUGCAUCACUCUUAGCUCUGACAGCUACAUGUGCUGCUGCCAUCCCAGCAGCCAGCCAGACGUUCACCCUUACAGUAUCAUCCAAUGAUACCAGUCUGAACGGCCUCGGAGUGGUCGAGAGUGGGAACAAAAACGGUGGGAUAGGGUAUGUCCAGACUAUAAGCAGCCGGAAGGAUAGCCCAACGGUCUUUUUCCUCGAAAAUGGAACAGAGGGUCGUCUUCAAACCUACUCACUCACCGACAAUUCACUGCGCUAUGCCUGGACAUGGGACGAUACCUACGUGGGCAGCAUACAAUUCGACAAAAAAGGCGGCGAUGAUGGUACAAUCUAUGAUAUAGAUUUUAAAAUCACUCCUGACAACUUUUUGGUUCCUGCGGGCAAAUUCAGCAGCUUCCCUUGGAGUUUCUGUCCGGCGUCUUCAGACAUCGCAGGAGAUGAUAAUCUAGGGGGACCAAUUUAUCUGGGCGAGAUCACAUGUGUCGCUCUUGCCGGGUUGAAUGUUGUUGCUUCUGAGUAA